AUAUUUUAAUUUUUUAACCCCGGAUAAAUACCAAUCUUGAUGUAUUCAUUCUAAUUUUUUGUAACCCUUGUUCUUUCUUUCCUACCCCAAAUUUGUUUUUCGCCUUGUAUCUCUCAAUUCCUCUGUUUCCUUCUUCCUUCAUCUUUGCGUCAUGGCCAGAGGUUCCUCUCAGUCUCAGUCCUCCACUUCAACAGCCACGCGACCAGGACCAGCAGGCAUGGCUCCCCGCGGUUCCGCCGCCGCCACCGCUGGCAUGCGCCGCCGCCGUCUCGGCGGAGGAAACAGCUCCGCCAGCACCGGCGUCGGAGGCGGCAGCAGCAACAUGCUGAGGUUCUACACGGACGAUGCUCCGGGGCUGAAGAUUUCGCCGACGGUGGUGCUGGUGAUGAGCCUCUGCUUCAUCGGCUUCGUCACCGCGCUCCACGUGUUCGGCAAACUCUACCGCUCCAAAUCUGGCGGCACCGUUUGAUCUUACGAUCCUCUUUUGGAUUUGUAGUUCUGAUCCGCAUCCGAUCGCUUUGGUUUCGGUUUUUAAUUCCGUAAUUUUGUUAACACUUGCUAUUUUGUUGUAGCUGUGGAAUCAAAUCGUUGACUGUCUACUUACCGUGGUUAAUUUUGGCUUUGGCCAUAAACAUCGAUCUGUGUCGUUUAUUUAAUCGUGUAUGUAUAUUAAUGAGCUAGGUUUGCUGUUGUUCCUUUUUCUCAAAGGAAUUUGAUGGUUUCUUUUGCACAAGUUAUUAAUUUGAUCAAAGUUUUUUUCGAUGUUAUCAA